AUGAAGAGACACAUCAACCGAAAACAUACUAGGGCUGUCGGGAAGAGAGCGUUCCAAAGUGGGAAGUGUCUAUGUCUAGAGUGCGGCCAUCGAUGUUUCAGGAUUAAGGACCUAAGGAAACAUUUGUCUACAGAACACGGCGUGAUAUUCAAGACAGAAAUUUUGCAAAUGCAAAAUGCUAAGGUUUACUCAGCCUCUUUUUAUAAAAUUAAACAUCCCUCAUAACUUUCAUAUCUACUUAUUUCAGACCAUUAGACGAGUCCCAAAUGACACAUAAUAUAUCUUUAUUUUAGAAUUCGAGACGUGGAAAGCGGACACUGAGGAGAAGGAAGGCUGCUCUUUUGUCAAGGUGACAGAUGCGUUACUUGAAGAAAGCGGUAACCCUAGAAAAUACAAUAAGGGCAGUCUCAGCAGGCAAUUCACGUGUCUCACUUUCAACCAGUAAUUGUUAGUUAAUUAAUUGAUUAAUUAGUUAAUUCAUUCAUUCACUCAUUCACUUAUUUGUUAACUUUUUAUUUGCUUAUUUAUUUACUAAUAAAGGUUCCAAGAAACAAAAAAACAGUGGGCUUAGGGUCGAUUAUUUCCAGUGCGACCGUUAAGGGAGUUACAGGCCACGCAGAACUGGAAAGAGAAGAGGAAAGUCUUAAGGUACUAGUUCAGGUCAACGAAAGAAAUCUCUACUUUGUAGGCAUGUCAUCUCAAGAUCUUUGUUUCAAACUAAGAGAAAUCUCGAAAUUACUUAUUAUAAAUAUCAUUUUAAUCUAUUAAAUGCUAUAGGAGAUAUAUAUUUACCUGUCUUUCUGCAUAUCUUUCGGUCAUCUGUCUGUUUUUUUUUUUUUAAUAUUGUUGCAUCGUUACUUUAUUGUACUAAAUUUGCAUAAACAAUCGAUCAGAAACGAUUUUAAUUCAUUUCGUUUUAAUGAUGGAAUACUCUGCAUUUUUCUUUUCACAGGA